UUGGUUUUCUGAUUCUCUUCGUGUAAGAAACUUGUCCAAGAAAAAAUCACACUCGAAAUAGUAUUAAAUCAAACCAAACUAUUCCGAUCUGUUUCCCAAUUCUGUUUAAUUUCCAUAUAAAGCAGAAGAAAAGUAAAAAAACAAAGGUUUUGUGAAGCGAACGCAUUUAUCGAUUGUUCAAAAGAAGGUGAAUUUGGUGCAGUUUUCUGAUAAUAUUGCAAGCAACAGAGAUAUGGCUAUACUUGAUCAAGCUUCAAAUAUGAUGUCUUUACCAUUGGAUUAUACAAGAAAGAGGAAAUCAAGGAGUAGAAAAGAUGCACCAAAGAAUGUAGCAGAAACACUAGCAAAGUGGAAAGAGGUCAAUGAAAAACUAGAGUCUAGUGAUGAUGGGAAAAAGCCGGUGCGCAAAGUUCCCGCUAAAGGAUCAAAGAAGGGGUGUAUGAAAGGUAAAGGAGGACCCGAAAACGGGCGAUGUAAAUACAGAGGUGUUAGGCAAAGGACAUGGGGUAAAUGGGUUGCUGAGAUUCGGGAACCGCAUAGAGGGAGAAGGCUUUGGUUAGGUACUUUUGAUACUGCAAUUGAGGCUGCUCUUGCUUAUGAUGAAGCUGCUAGAGCAAUGUAUGGUCCUUGUGCUAGGCUUAAUCUUCCGAAGGAUGAUUCCUCGUUGCCUACGAUAUCUCAAUCCGAUUCUACAACAGCCUCAAGUCUCACUGAGACCAACAUUCCUAAGAUUAAAUUUGAAGACCGCGAAAGUGAAUCGAGAAGCGAUGGAACGAGGAGUGUUUUUUAUGAAGCUGGAACACCUUCAAGCUCAAUAAAAGAGGAAGCUAAAGACGAGGCUAAGGGGGUGUUGGAUAAUAGCGGGAUUGUUGAAAUUAAAGAAGAGCCUAUCGCUUUUGAUUACGAUUCAAUGAAGAGUGGACAAGAUAAUAAUCUUGACAACUUCUGUUUUGAUGAUGAGAUGUUCGAUGUAGAUGAGCUAUUAGGCGUGUUAGAUUCGACUCCACUGGACGCUCUGGCUCCCAACCAAGUUUCUGGUUCUGUUCCUCUUGAUCAAGAUCAGUAUGCCUAUGAUCCUUCGUAUCGACUGCAGAGCGCUGCCUAUGACAACAACCAGUUCUCCAAUCCGUCAUGUCAGUUGCAAAAUACAGAUGGUAAAACAUUUGAAGAUUUGCAGCAAAUGCAGCAGCAAGCACCUAUAGUUGAUGAGUAUAAUUUUGAUUUCUUAAAGCCAGGACGGCAGGAAGACUUCAACUUCAGCUUGGAUGACUUGGGUUUCCUUGAUUUCUAAUAAAAUUUUGGUAGUUUGGUAAUUGGUAGGCCUUGCGCGCAGGCUCAGGAUGAUGUUCUGCCGCUUUGAUACGAUGGAUUUAGUACUCUUGGUUGAUUGCUGGAUUUAUGCAAUUGUCAAAGUUUUUGAAUGUUUACCAUGCUAGUUCUACAAAGUCUUUUUCCUUGUUCUAGGAAAAGGAGAAAGAAUAGGACAACUUCAGAAGAUACUCUUUUGUUUUUUUGUUUUUCCCUUUUUGAGGAAACUGUGGUUGUCCCUUGCCUUUCUGCCAAAAGAUAGCUGAUUCUUGAUAAGUUUUUGGAUCAGAGAAUUCAGCUGCGCUUGAAUCAAACAAAAUUUCUGCUGUACAGUUGUAACAUUGAGUAGUUAGUUUGCUAACAUUCGCAAAGGUGUUGAUGUUCUCAUGAUGAUAAUAAAAGAGAAAAUCAUCUUUCUGUAAUUGUCAUGUACUAGUAUGUUGUUAUAGCUGUGUGACGUUAGUUUCUUU